AUGAACAACGUCAACAUGGCCAACAUGAACGCCAUGGCUGGCCAGGUAGCCGGCGCUAUGCCCAUGCCCAUGAAUAAUGGCAUUAUGCCCACCGCAGCGCAGCAAAUGCCGCAGUCCCAGACACAAACACACAGGAAUAUGCUCAACACAUAUAUCUAUGAUUAUUUUCUCAAGGAGGGGCUCUACGACGUUGCUCGUGCUAUGCUCAACAGCGAACAGCCGAUCCAAGUCCAACUACAGAAGGACAGCCCUGGCCGUCGCGAGAACGGCCUGGGCAAUAACGCUGGCGACGAUCCCAUGGAUACCGACAGCAAGGACGACAUGGAGAAGCGCCCUGCUGACUUGCCCGUAGCUAACAUUCCGAUCUCGUCAGAAUCUUGUUUUCUUUACGAGUGGUUUGGGCUGUUUUGGGAGAUGCUAAAUGGUCAUCGGUUAAAGCCUGGCGGCAACACCCAAGUGAAUACAUAUAUUCAGCACACUCAGCAACAGAACCGGCUGAAGCAAAGUCAGCAGCAGGAAAUGCUCCGACAGAUGCGCCCCGAUCAGAUGCAAUUCAACCCUGCCAUGAUGCGCAACAUGCCCAACGGCAUGCAGAUGGCGAAUAAGAACAACCUUGCCAGGACUGCCAUGGCGAACAACCAAAACAACCCCCAAGCUAUGGCCAUGAUGCAGCAGCAAGCCAAACAGAACCCCAUGCAACGCGAUCCCUCGGAUAUGGAUGGCAACCGCCGACCGGCAUCCCCCGGGUCAAACGAUAAUGCACCGUCACCCAGCAAGAGGCCAAGGUUGGAAGGUCAGGCCCCUUUCAACCAACCACAACCGGGCAUGAUGCCUAAUGGACGGCCUCAACAGCAAGGAAUGCCGGGUCAACCAGGGUUCCAGAAUUUCGCCAACCAGCCGCCUGGCGCUCAAAAGAACCCCAUCGCCACGUACUCUCAGAACUUGCAGCAACACCAUGGUCAACAGAUGCCUAACAAGGCCAUGACAAACCCCGGCCCUCAAGGCCAGGGCUCUCCCAUGAUGCAGCCUGGUCCCAACGCAGCUGAUAUUAGCAGCCUUUACAACGCCAACGAGUUCCCAGCAGGCGGCAUAAGACCUGGCGCACCUGGUAACGGGCAGGGCGGCGGCAGCAAUCACGCCCUGCAAGAUUAUCAGAUGCAACUGAUGCUCCUGGAACAGCAAAACAAGAAGCGGCUCAUGAUGGCUCGGCAGGAACAGGACAGCAUGGGCAGCAUGCCUCGAGGCGAUGGGCCAGCCGGCCCCGGAGGACCUGGAGGACCUCCUGGACCUAACGGCCAAGCCUUCCCGGACACGUCUCCCCAGGGAGCCCGCGCAGGCGCCUCUCCCAAUCCAAGUGAGCAGAUGAAGCGAGGCACACCGCAGAUGAAUCACGCCGGCAUUCCAUCGCCACUACCCGAGGGAGCGCAAUCCAGAGGCUCUCCCAACCCCAUGAAUUUCAUGCAGGGCGGCAACAUGGACCCGAGCAUGGCUGGAAACCAGGCUGCCUUCUUCAAAAACAUGAAUGGUAUGGACCCGAACAUGGUCAACGCUGCCCACAUGGGCGGAGGCAUGCGGCCACCACCAAGCUCCCACCCGAACCAACCCUUCAAUGGCCAAGUCAACCCACAAAUGAUGGCAGCCAGACAAGUUCAGGGAGGUCAGGCGGGCCCCAACCAGAUGCAAUGGCAGGGCGGUCCGAACGGCGCCAUGAUUCAAGGGCCUCAGGGACCUGUCCAGGGCACCCCUCAGCAGCGAGCUGCUCAGAUGCCGCCGCCGUCCGCACCUGGUCCAGGUGGUAAUCCUGCCAAUGGCCGCACUCAGCCUUCGUCGCCGGCAACCAGCAACGCGGCUCCCCCUACGCCACAACAAUCUACCAAGGCAAACCCCAAGAAGAAGGACACAAAGAAUACCAAGAAGGGUGCCGCCGCGAAGAAGUCGAAUGCCAACACCGGCGCAACACCAGCUGCAGAAGCAUCACAGGAUCAAGAGACUCCUACACCUGCAACUCCCAUCACCCCGGCUAACCCUGCCGCAAAUUUUGCCAAGAACGGACAGAAUGCCGCAGCGCAACCGGUACCUAAUGUGCAAACCUCUGCGCCGCCAGCUCCAGCUCCGGUCGCCCCACAGGCCCAUCCGGAUCCGAAUGCCUUUAACAUGGACAACGGCGGUUCAAUGGUAAGUUUUGGCAUUGCCUUUGGGAAGCCCGAUACUAAUUCCGACGUGAAGAGCUUCGAGAUCAGCAAUCUGGACUUUGCCAAUCCGAUCGAUUCCGGAAACGUACUCCAGGACUUCGACUUCGACUCAUUCCUGCAUGAUGGCGAUGGUGGUGCAGACAGCUUUGACUUUACCAGCAACUUUGAUAUGCCAGGGGGUGAGAUCACAACGGAGUAG